CGCCUUGGAUCGAUUUGACGCCGUGACAACUAUGAUAACAACCCAAAAUGUGAUGUGUGCCUGCUCGUUUGACAUGAAAUUCACUUUUGUAUAUGCGGGUUGGGAAGGCAGUGCAAAUGAUUGUCGUGUAUUCAAUAGAGCCCUAGAGGAUCCUACCUUGCGAUUUCCUCAUCCUCCCCAAGGGAAGUAUUACGUUGUAGACUCAGGAUAUGCAAGUAGGAAUGGAUAUUUGACACCAUUCAAAGGAGAGAGAUAUCAUAUACCAGAUUAUAAUGGAGGAAGAAGACAACCCAGAAGUACUAAGGAAUUGUUUAAUUAUAGACAUUCUUCUUUAAGGAAUCAUAUUGAGCGUUGUUUUGGGAUUUUAAAAUCAAGAUUCCCUAUUUUAAAAAACAUGCCUCAAUUCUCACUUAGUUACCAAAGUUAUAUUGUGAUAGCUUGUUGUGGACUUCAUAAAUCUGAACAAAUAGCAGAUGCACUUUUUCAACAAUUUGGGGAAGAUGACCACUAUGAUCCUAAUGAAGAGAGAGUCAGGGUAGUCAACGUUCACGGAGAACAAGAAGAUGGUGAUGUUGCUGGUACUUCUACUACAAUUCAUCAGGGCAGUCAACGUGUACAAGGAAGACAGAUGAAUGAGCUAAGGAUACAAAUUGCAAAUCAGAUGGCAGUAGAUAAGGGUUACCCCCUGAUUUGAUUGUUUAUGUAAUAAAAUUUCAAGACACCUAUUUGCAGCUAUGAUUUUUAUUUUGUAA